CAAACAGGCUGGAACCUUUGGAGCUUGUCCCUUUGAGAUGUCUCACCAGUGACAUCACAGUGAUUAUCUCCUCCCUCAGAUUACAUUAGGCCCUUCCCAGAGUCCAGAAGCUCAGACAGCCGGGAGACAGCUGGAGGUGGAGAGACCGAGGCCCACAGCAGCCUGGGUGUGCCCCUGCUCCUCUUCAGGAAGUGAAGACAAGCCAGUGCCCUUGGUGUGCACUCAGAAGUCCUUCUGGAGUUCUCACCCAGAUAUUCUGAAGAUGGAGCGGUCCACCCAGGAGCUGUUUAUCAACUUCACAGUUGUCCUGAUCACUGUUCUCCUUAUGUGGCUCCUUGUGAGGUCCUACCAAUACUGAGGGGCCAUGCCACACUCUCAGGAGUGCCUGCUGUGUUCUCCAAGCUUCUACUGCUCUACUGACAUGGGAUGCUGCCCUUUGUUCCUCCAGCAUCUCUGACCCACACUCACAAUGCCCGACACACCGCUGCACUAGGCCCUUGGCAUGUUUUCUCAAGAUGCUGCUCUUGUAGGCUGCCCAAAGCUCGCCAGACAGUGAACCUUAGGUUUCUUCCCUAGCAAAUGUACUAUUUAAGCUACCAGGUUAAAAUCAAACUGGAUUCUUAUGAUGCAGAGUAAC